AAUAUUGUGCUGUUACCAGGCGUCGCUCAAUCGUGUAGUCGCCGGACUGUGCGAAAUUCUUGCGGCACCGACAAUCGAGCACUCAUUAAAAUCUUGCUCCACUUCCACACCUGCUUACUUGACAAAAUGUCCUCAAAACAAGAUGCUACACAGGAAGCCUCAUCGCCACAGGCCGAAGUUGUUCUCCACCGAUGCAGUCCGCAUCCCGGCUGUUUGGCCCGCGAUGCGUCACUCAGAGCCCGCACUAGCUCGUCGCCGCCAAACGCGGUCAUCGAGUUGUCCUCCCCUCGCCGCAACUCCUCCAGCGACAGUCUUAAAACCGAGCAGAGCGAUCCUCGGGAUUGGUUUAACCACUCAAAUUGGAACCCAACCGCUGCUUUCGAUAGCAAUAUUACAGACAUUGAUCCACCUUACUUCCUGAAAGAAUCUGAUUCGCCGAGUUCCAAGAAAACAUACUGCUAUAAUGAAUACCAACUCGCCCCUCCGAUAACUCCCAUUGAGCAUAGUAGUAGCGCUAGUGACUACCGCAGCGUGAUUGACGACCUGAGGUUUGAGAUCCAACAACUUAGGGAGGAACUGAAGCACUAUAAGCAAACGGGCCCUGACGUGCUUUACAAGGAUAGGCUGUUACAGGUCAGGUUUCAUGAUCUACCUAAAGAAAAAAGAAGAGAGCUUGAGAGUAUUCUAAGAGACUUUGCCGCCGAUCUCGAUGGAUCUCGGAGGAGGAUGACACCCCCCUUCCCUAGCCCUGAUCACUCCGAGUUCAGAAUUAAGCCCAAGCAUGCCACUUCCUCUCCAGGAUCCAGCCCCUUACCAGCCGACUCCGCCUACGCCUCCAUGUCCACUGCUGCCAAGUCCUUGAGCCUUCUCGACAUGAGUUCAACCAAAUCAUCGAAGCGAAAGAGGGAGAAGUGUUUACGAGAGAUUCCAGUUUGCCUAUACCCUAAGUCUUCUGAGGGGCGUAAAAUCCAACGGCGAGGUGGAUCCGAAGGUACCAAGUCCAGUAGCGACAACUCUAGCCGCGACUCGCAACAAAGUCCUACUGCCGAUAACAACGACAAUUCGAACAAACGCAGACGUGGAAAGUCUAGCCGUGAAAUGUGUGAUGAGUUCCACCCCGGCAGCUCAAGUAAGGAUGCACAUAAGUUCGAUCCGCAGCUAUGCGACCCAUUCGAGAACUUCCGCUAUAAGGCACUGUCCGUGGAGCAGGAUUCAUCGAGUAGGCACACUUCAUUGGACGAGACGAGUCGUUCUUUUGCACCCGUCGAGGGUUGCAAUUCAGGCAAGUGUGCAGGGGGCUUGAAUGGCUCUGAACAGUUAACUCGUGGAACUCAGUACUAUGAGGGAGCUAUUAUCUAUUACAGUGGCGCACCUUUUUGUAUCGAUUUGUCGCGCGAUCCGAGUGAUGUAUUACCUACCACUCACGCGCUCAGGAGUAGCCGAGGCCAGAACGGUUAUCAGCAAUUAUCAGCCUUCACGCGGUCUCCCCGACGAAUAGCAUCUGGAUCACUGACUGAUCGAGGUCAGGUCCUGCGUCAGAAGUGUUCGGCCACUGACAUCAAUAAUGAUGAAUUUCCUGUCCUGAUAAAUGAUGAUAGCGAAGAAAUAAGCGACAUCGAGCUAGACUUGGUUUGGACCGACAAUCAGCAGGGCGCCUUGGAGCCCUGUGGACUUGGCGGCGUUUAUCCCGAGGAUCAUUUUGUGGUGUCUGUCGCUGCUAAGCGGCCUAAGCAAGAUAUCCCUCAAUCGACUACUAACUCUCGACCUCGAAGGUCGACCGAACACACAGAAGGCGCUAUUCAUCGACUCGCGAUGAUGCCAAGUCCUCCCAGCCCUGAUGGUUUAAAAAAUGAAAUGUGCAAAGAACCAAUACUUAAAGUUGAGUAUCUGUCAGGGCGCAUCAAGAAGCUCGCCCCAGCCUCACUGCCACACCCGGCCAUUUUCUUUCCGCCGUUUAGCAGCGAUAGCUCCACGUCCAGCGUGGGCGAUGAGGUAUCUACGGGUAUGGACAUUAUCACGUGGUUAAAGAGAUACGUGAACUGA